AUGUUUCUAAGAAGUCUAAACCGAGUUGUUGCUAAAAGCGUACUAGCUGCCCCUAAGUCUACCGUGGCAAAGUCAUCAUGGAAAGUUUUAACUGUUGCCAACUCCAAGAGAUGUUUCACCCCUGCCACUAUCAUGAGAAACCAAGAAACCCAAAGAGUAGGUGAUAUUUUGCAAUCCGAACUAAAAAUUGAAAAUGAAACGUUGCCAGAAUCAACUUCGUUGGAUUCAUUUAACGAUUUUUUGAAUAAGUACAAAUUUUCAUUAGUAGAGACUCCAGGUAAGAAUGAAGCUGAAAUUAUCAGAAGAACUGAAUCCGGGGAAACCGUUCAUGUGUUCUUUGACGUUGCCCAAAUUGCUAAUUUGCCAUACAACAAUGCAAUGGAUGAAAACACUGAAGCAAAUGAAGACGGAAUCAAUGAGGAUGAUAUCGACGCCUUAUCAGACAACUUUGCUAACGUCAACGUCGUUAUUUCAAAGGAAAAUGCAACUGAACCAGCUGUCUCAUUUGAGUUGUUAAUGAAUCUACAAGAAGGCUCAUUCUAUGUCGAUAGUGCUACCCCGUAUCCCUCUGUUGAUGCUGCUUUGAAUCAAUCUGCCGAGGCUGAGAUUUCAAGAGAGCUAGUAUACCACGGUCCACCAUUUUCUAACUUGGAUGAAGAACUACAAGAAUCUCUAGAAGCUUACUUGGAAAGCAGAGGCGUCAAUGAAGAACUAGCAUCUUUCAUUAGUGCAUAUUCCGAAUUCAAAGAAAAUACCGAAUAUAUUUCUUGGUUGGAAAAGAUGAAGAAGUUUUUCCAUUAA